UACACCAAUAGUCAUUCUCAACAUUCUACACACCUGGACUAUCGACAUCUACAAACAUAUGUAUUCUGGUUCAUACCACCUUUCCCUUCUGUGACAUGUUAAUCGCUCCAAAGAAUUCCGGAUCCUGGAUUGUGCAAUCCGUUUUGUAGAAAUUAAAUUCUUACCAACUGUGCAAGCGGCUGCGAUUUUGAACUCUGCUUAUGGCGAUUUCAUAAAAUCUCGUUCGUACAUACUUGGUACCUGUUACAUUACUAAAAGUCAAAAGUUCUGGCACCUGUCGAUAAUUAUUAGAGUUUAUUUUCUUGACGAAAUAAACUUUUGGAUGGCUUUGCCAAAUUUAGGACAUAAGCGUUCAUAAACAUGACGAAUAUAUUUUACAUUUUUGGAAAGCUCUUGAGGAAGGGUUAUGUUAUGCAAGUCGAAGAACGUUUUACGGCCUAAAAACACAUCGUGCUGAUAAGAUAGACAAUAACUAAAGGAUUUGGAAGGAAUGUUACUUCCAAUAGUUGAAAUUAUUUGGUACAUUGUCAUCAUUCAUCUGCGUACCGCAAAGUGCUUUCCUGAAAAUGCCAUUGGUCAAAAAUACACUCUAACAAAGACAGCUUCCGGUUAUCAAUUAGUCCCUGAAAGUAACGACAAGAACGCGUCGAGCAUCCCUGUAACAUCGGGAAAUGCCGCCGAUAUUCAGUCUGUUCCAUCAAAUGUUGAACAAAAGACAAAUCUUCAAACCGAUCAAGAUUUAGGCGGUAUGACGUCAUCAAAGUUUCCCGCGCCUUCUCUGCCGGAUCAAACACAAAUCGACAAAUUGAUAAACUUAUUGAAAGAAAAUGGAGAUCGUGAACAUCCGGAUGACAAAAGUCUUGUUACAUUGGCACUUGAUAAUGGUGAUGGGUCUAAUGGAAAACCUGGAUUAAAGGGACCACGUGGUUCGCCGGGUCCUCCUGGGAUACCAGGCCCUCCGGGUUUAAGGGGUGAACCAGGAGCAUGUUUGCUACCAGCGGAGUUUCGCUGCGAUGUAAACAAAUUGAUUAAGCUGUUGUCACGUGUCGACGAGUUGGAAAAAAACUGCGCCAAGUUAAAGGAUAAGAUAGGAUAGCAAUGGACUAAUGUGAGUGUUUUUUUUUUCUUGUCUUAAUAUGUAUUGUAGUUCAGAAUGCAAAAUCAAACUUUUCAUCUCUUAGAGAAAGAAAUUUGCCUCUAUUAUAGAGAACAUGACGUUAACAUUGACGGCCAUUGUAAAAGGAAAGUAAAUUUUAAAAAUUGACGGUUUCCAAACCUUUUAUUCGUAAAAAAUCUAUCAAUUUUAAAUGUGAUAAUUAUUUAAUUGUGACUUUCAAAAGUUUUCCAAGACGCGGUAAAAUACCGAGAACAUCUCGCGUAAAUAAACAUUUUUGUACAAACGAA